AUGGCGGAGGACUUGAGGUUGGUAGAACUCACUUUGUUUUGUCAAAGCACUGAUCAGAGUGCGGGAAUUGUCAGGGACCUCAUUUGCGUCAAGACGCACUUGCUGAAUCUCAAGGUCGGAAGCGCACGAGGUCCAACAGGCGAGGCGCCGCCUGUGUUGAUCUCCAUCUCCAUUCCAUGCGAUGUUUCGGGCGCCACGAUAUCAGACAAUUUGAGUCGAUCCAUCGACCAUGCGUCCAUUCACACCGUCUUGUUCAACACUCUCCCUACUAGACAUUAUACAUCAUUGGAAGCUCUGGCAGACUAUGCUGGCAAUCUUGUUCUCCAGACCUCGAAGGAAGUUAGCGAGGUGCACAUUGAAUUGGCGCAGGUGGAUUUAUCAUCGGUGGUUGAUUCGAUUUCUCUCGAGACAACAUGCGCACGAGACGGCGUGCUCAGGACGGGUCGUUUCGUUUUGAAGAACUUGAGGUGUUUGACAUCCAUAGGUUCAGAACCUCUUCAGCGACAUACCUUCUGUUUUGAUGUCACGAUCCAAAAAAAUAUGGACCUUUCGCAUCCGUUUGAUGCUCGAGCGCUCGCAGAAUCCCUCGAACGUGACUUUGAAGAGUCGUCUUUUUCCACGUUGGAGGCUCUGACCAAUUUUGUGGCCAAACAAGUCCUUUUGGCUUUAGGUCAGGCAGAUGAUGUAGUGACUGUUGUCGGUGGAAGUCCCAACGCUCUCACGCCCGGAGAUUCUACACAGUUGAAGAUCACUCGGUGCUUGGCUGACUUCCCCGAGGAACACAUCGCCAGCAAUGACAGAACGAACUGCUCUUCCUCAUGUGUAUCCCUGGCCGACCUCCUAGCGUCCGUACUUCCGAAUAUCUCCACACUAACACCAAAGCACACCGUGGCAAUAGCACUUGGUUCGAACCUUGGCGAUCGAUUUGCCAACAUCGAAACUGCUUUGCGCUUGAUUGAGCAGCCUAAUCAGCUGCUGGCCAAUAUGGAUGCUGACGUUGCUGUAUCGGUUAUUAACACGAGUUUUAUGUAUGAAACUGCGCCGAUGUACGUCACGGACCAGCCAAGAUUUGCAAAUUGUGCGUGCUUAAUAGAGACGAACUUGGAGCCGCGGACAUUAUUGAGAUUACUUAAAAAGAUUGAAACGACAGUCGGAAGGGUCCCUUCUAUCCAGAAUGGGCCUCGUGCAGUCGACUUGGAUAUCCUGCUGUACGACAGGGAGAUCAUCGAUACUCGUCCUGAAGACCAACGAGAAACCCUCGAUAAUCUGGUCGAGGAACUUGUCGUACCACACCCACGCAUAGCCGAACGAGAGUUCGUUUUACGCCCUCUGGCUGACAUGAUCCCAGAAUUCGUGCAUCCAGUACACAAGAAAUCGAUACGCACACUUCUUGACGACGUUAUCAGGCAGUCGAACAUCGACUUCCCGAUGCUCAAAGUCAUCCCUUUCGCCGAUUAUCCGAUCACAGAAAUACGGCAGCUCCCUGGCAUCGAUCAGGUACCCUCCAUGGGCAAGUACUGGAGCACCCGUUGUUCGAAUGACAUCCAGCGGCCGACGAAAGUGAGGCUCAUGGCGACCUUGAAUGCGACUCCAGAUUCGUUCUCGGAUGGUUCUGUCAAUAAUACAUUGUCGGCUGCUCUGACCUACGCUGCGACAUCCGUGCGAGCAGGUGCUGAUAUCAUUGAUAUAGGGGGUUAUUCAACUCGUCCGGGCGCAGCAUUCGUCUCACCCGAAGAGGAGUGCCAACGUGUAGUGCCCGUCAUUCAGGCCAUACGCUCACAUGAAGAUCAGGACGUCAGUUCCGCUCUUAUUUCCAUCGAUACAUUCCGUUGGGAGGUCGCAGAAGCUGCUGUCCUGGCUGGUGCAAACUGCAUCAAUGACGUAUAUUCUUUCACGGGUCCUGAGUACCCGCUUACGGAAGCUUCAGCAGAGCACCUUCUGAAAAUGCGAGAGGUGGCACGAAAACUUGCUGUUCCUGUCGUUUUGAUGCAUUCCCGAGGAGAUGCAGGAUCAAAUAAAGACUACAACCAUUACAAGGGCGGAGUUCAAGAAGGUGUGCGGGUUGAGUUGGGAGAGAGAGUGGAGGCAAUUAUCAAGGGCAAAGGCGGAGUGCGAAGGUGGUUCAUUAUUGUCGACCCUGGCAUUGGUUUCAGCAAGACUGUCGAAGCAAACUGCGCACUGCUUCGCGAAGCUUCUUUGAUGAUAGCGAAUACUGCCAGGAACCCACUCGCAGGAUACCCACAACUCAUUGGAUCGUCUCGAAAGUCGUUUCUUGGCACAAUUUUGGAGCGCCCGGAUAUAGAUGGGACAUACAAGGGGAGAAAAACCCAGCCAAAAGAACGAGGGUGGGCAACGACCGCCACCGUGGCCUGUGCUGUUCAACAGGGCGCAAGCGUUGUAAGAGUCCAUGAUGUACAAGAUAUGCGAGACGUCGUGGCUGUAGCUUCAGCUGUCUGGAGUUUUUGCUAA